AUGCCACCGUGGGGGGCUGCCCUGGCGCUGCUCCUGGCAGCGAUCGCCCUGCUUCUCUUCGUGGUCCGGCUGGCCCCGCAUCUGCGGCGCCCCUGGAGACGCGCCGUCGAAACGGGGACCCUGCUCCGGGAGCAGGAAGAGGAGCCGAACCUCGGGGACCCCACAGAUCCGUUCGGUGACCGCUGUGAUCCGCUGCCCGGCGGGUGCAGCUUCAUCUGCAAGCCGUCGGCUCUGGCCCAGUGCCUGCUGCGCGCCCUGCGACGCUCCGUGGUGCUCGAGCCCGGCCCGCGCCCCUGGCUCUCGGGUCCCCACUUGCAGACCUUUUGUCACUUCGUCCUGCCCGUCGGGCCUGGGCCCGAGCUAGCCCGGGAGUACCUGCAGCUGGCGGACGACGGGCUGGUGGCCCUGGACUGGGUGGUAGGACCUUGCGCCAGAGGCCGCCGGGUCACCCACUCCGGGGGUCUUCCGGCCGUGCUGCUGGUGGUUCCCAACGCGUGGGGACGCCUCACCCGCAACGUGCUGGGCCUGUGCCUGCUCGCCCUGGAGCGCGGCUACUACCCGGUCAUCUUCCACCGCCGGGGCCACCACGGCUGCCCGCUGGUCAACCCCCGGCUGCAGCCUUUCGGGGACCCGUCCGACCUCAAGGAGGCUGUCACUUACAUCCGCUUCCGACACCCAGCGGCCCCGCUGUUCGCCGUGAGCGAGGGCUCCGGGUCGGCGCUGCUGCUGUCCUAUCUGGGCGAGUGCGGCUCCUCCAGCUACGUGACGGGCGCCGCCUGCAUCUCGCCCGUGCUGCGCUGCCGGGAGUGGUUCGAGGCCGGCCUGCCCUGGCCCUACGAGCGUGGGUUCCUGCUGCACCAGAAGAUCGCUCUCAGCAGGUAUGCGACGGCCCUGGAGGACACAGUGGAUACCGACAAGCUGUUCAGGAGCCGCUCCCUGCGGGAGUUUGAGGAGACGCUCUUCUGCCACACCAAGAGCUCCCCCAUCAGCUGGGAUACCUACUGGGACCUCAACGACCCUCUGCGGGAUGUGGACGAGGCCGCCGUGCCGGUCCUGUGCAUCUGCAGCGCUGACGACCCAGUGUGUGGACCCCCGGAACGCACCCUGCCCGCCGAGCUCUUCCACAGCAACCCUUACUUCUUCCUGCUGCUCAGCCACCGGGGGGGCCACUGCGGCUUCCUGCGCCAGGAGCCCCUGCCAGCUUGGAGCCACGAGGUCGUCCUGGAGUCCUUCCGGGCCCUGACCGAGUUCUUCAGAAUGGAAGAGAGGAUGAAAGGGCUGAGCCGGCGUCGGACUUCAUUCCUCGGGGGACGGCGUCGCUGGGGAGCCCUGCAGAAGCGAGAGGUCUCUCCUUCCUCCAGUCUGGAGGAGAUCUUCAGCUGGAAGCGAUCCUACACCCGGUGAGGCCUGCCUUGAGAAGGCCCUGGCACUGCAAGGACAAGCAAAGCUGGGCACGGCAGUCUCCAGGACCCUGAGGACUGCCUCCAGCUCUUUGAUCCUGAAGCCCACCCCUCUCCCAGCCCCCCAAUCCCUUGCACCUUCCCUGUUCAUCAAACGGAUCUAUUGGAAAGAGAAUGAACCCCUGGCAAGCCUGUGCUCAGUACCCUGAACAGGACUCCCACCCAGUCUCUGUGAAAUACACCCCUGUUGGUUCUAGUCAA